AUGAUAACCCAGUGCUUGCUGGCAGCCCUCGUGGCCACGGCCACGCCGGUGGCCGCUCGUCCCGACGCCGGAUUUUGGCGCCGGGCCAUGAGCUUCACCAACGGCACGACCCCCUGCGGCUUGUCUGACUCGGCCCCGACCGUCAAGGCUCCCAAGGCAAACCCGUGGUCCUCGAUUUCUCCCGCCGAUGCCAAGGCCGUCUACGAAUUCGUACACGCCCCUGAAACCGGCCUCAACCUCACGGCAUCGGAAAAUGCGACCCUCACCGACAAUUAUGUCUGGUUCAUCGACACCCUGAACACCAACAAGUCCCAGAUUCUGCCCUACAUUGACGGCAACGAGGCGGCGCCGCCAAAGUACGCCCGUGUCGUCAUCUUCGAGGGCGGCAAGGCGGAGCCGGUUUCCCAAGAGUACAUGGUCGGGCCGCUGCCGUUCUCGUCGGACACGACCAUCCAGAAGUACGACUUCGCCUUCAACGGCGGCAAGGGCGGCCAGGUCCCCUACAACGGGCGGUACUUUGAUGGAAAGCGCUCGGCCGCGGUCCAGCCGCUGCUGAAGGCGGUCAUGACCGAGGUCGCCGACAUCACCGUCGCCCUCUUCGACGGCGCGUACCUCGGGUCCGCCGACAAGGGCACCAACCUCACGGCAGCCAGCACCACGCCCACCUCGCGCGACGGCGAGACGGCCUACCUGACCUUCAUGUUCCGCUACCCCGGGCUUGCAUCCUACAUGACGCCCAUCGACCUCUUUGUGCUGCUGGACAUCACGGGUACCGACGCGAGCAAGUACGCGCUCAAGGGCUACGUGACCAACGAGCGCUUCUUCGCGACGGCCUCGGAGCUGCGCGCGGCGUUCGACGCCGGCGAGCUGACGAGCGAGUUCCCGCAGACGCGCGACCAGACGUGGGCGCUGCUGGACCACAAGCCCGAGACGGGGGUGCGCGACCUCGAGGACCGCCUAGCGCCGCAGAGCAUCGAGAUCGGCGGCAAGCGGUACAAGGUCGACGUCGAGCAGCAGUACGUCGAGUACAUGGGCUGGAGCUUCUACAUGGCCUUCACGCGCACGCUGGGCCUGCAGUUCUACGACAUCAAGUUCAAGGGCGACCGCGUGCUGUACGAGCUCACCCUGCAGGAGGCGGCGGCGCAGUACGCCGGCUUCCAGCCCAAAGCCGCCGGCACCGUGCACCCCGACGCCAUCUGCAUCUUCGAGGCCGACGACGGGUUCCCGCUGGCACGGCACCGCAGCGGAUCGGGCAACGCGUACGGCUUCGCCAACAUCGCGUCCGUGAAGAGCACCACGCUGCACGCGCGCACCGUGGCCACGGUCGGCAACUACGACUACCUGUUCGACUACGCGUUCCACCUCGACGGGUCGCUCGACAUCACGGCGCGCGCGUCGGGGUACCUGCAGAGCUCGCCGUACUACAAGAGCCAGGCCCGCUUCGGGUCGCGCAUCUCGCAGGGCACGCAGGGCAGCUUCCACGACCACGUGCUGACGUACAAGGCCGACUUCGACGUGGCGGGGGCGUCCAACAGCCUCGAAGUCACGGAGCUGGUCGUGGUCAACCAGACGCAGCCGUGGUACCCGGAGCUGGGCAGCUUCGAGCAGAUGGAGUACCGCACGUCCAACAUGGCGACCGAGGCUCAGUUCAACUGGGCGGCCAACGGGCAGACCAUGUACUGCGUCGUCAACAACAAUGCGACCAACGCGUGGGGCGAGAAGCGCGGGUACCGGCUGGUGCCGGGGCGCAGCAACGUGCACCUAAGCAUCCGAGACUCGCCCUUCACGCGCAAGUCGAGCAGCUUCCUCAAGUCGCACCUAGCCGUCACGCAGCAGCACGACACGGAGGUGUACGCCAACAGCUGGCAGAACGUCAACCUGGCCGAGGCGCCGCAGCACGACUUCCUCAAGUUUUUUGACGGGGAGAGCGUUGACGACACGGACCUGGUGGUGUGGUUCAACCUGGGCAUGCACCACUUCACGCGGGCCGAGGACGUGCCCGUCACACUCUACACCGAGGCCGUCAGCAGCAUCUCGUUUGCGCCGCACAACUUCAACGACCGCGCGCAGGAGGGCGACCUGCUCAACCGCCGCUGGAUCGUGCCCGACGCCGACGGCGUGCUGGCCUACGACGACUACGGCGUCACCCUGCCCACCUGCCAGAUCGAGCUGGACGAGCCCGCGACCAAGAUCGAGCCGUGGGUCACCAUCUGA